UUCCUCUCAAAAAACCUACGAGACACGGCAGCAUUUUGAACAGAGAGUCUCCAGCUGACAAGAAGCAGAAGGUUGAGCGCUGCAGUAGCACCCACGACUUCGAUCCCACAGAAAGCUCCUCCAAGAAGACAAAGUCUAGUUCUGAGGAGAGUAGAUCCGAGACAUAUGGUCUGGUUCAGCGGUGUGUGGUGAUCCAGCGGGAUGAGAACGGAUUCGGGCUGACAGUCAGCGGAGACAACCCGGUCUUCGUGCAGUCCGUCAAGGAAGAUGGAGCAGCCAUGCGGGCUGGAGUGCAAACAGGGGAUAGAAUUAUCAAGGUGAACGGCACCCUCGUAACACACUCGAACCACUUGGAGGUGGUAAAGCUGAUCAAGUCGGGUUCCUAUGUAGCUCUCACUGUCCAGGGGCGCCCACCAGGGUCGCCCCAGAUUCCCUUGGCUGAUUCUGAAGUGGAGCUGGCAGGAUUUGGGCAUAUGUCUCCCAUCAUGACAUCUCCCCACUCACCUGGCACAUCAGGAAAUGCAGAAAGGAUCACCAGCCCAGUGCUUAUGGGGGAGGAGAAUAAUAUUGUCCACAACCAGAAGGUGGAGAUUCUGAGGAAGAUGCUACAGAAGGAGCAGGAGAGGCUGCAGUCUCUCCAAGAGGAGUACGGCCGGUCCCCCACCCCCCGCCUGCUCAAGGAGAUCCAGGAGGCCAAGAAGCACAUUCCUCAGCUGCAGGAGCAGCUCUCCAAAGCCACGGGCUGCACUCAGGAUGGAGUGUUGCCCUCCAGGUCUGUGUCGGAGUCGCUGCAGAUCAGCGAGGGGGAGGCAGAGAGUGGGGACUGUGGGAGCAAACUGGAUUACAGUGGGGACAGCCCCUCCAGACCCAACAGUGACAUUGCUGAUAGUCCUCGCAGUGGCUUGAAGGAGAGGAUUUAUCCAGAUGAGAGCCCAGAAAAGCCUGAGGUUCAAGAUACUGAUUCCCAGUCCAGUGUUGGAAGUCCUUUAUCCCGAGUGGGGACUCAGAUCAUUGGAGCAGAGGAUGAUGACUUUGACACGGAACAGGAGCAGAUCAAUGGACAGUGCAGCUGCUUCCAGAACAUCGAGCUCCUCAAGUCUCGCCCAGCUCACCUGGCUGUUCUCCUGCACCAUGUGGUGUCCCAGUUUGAUCCUGCAGCGCUGCUGUGCUACCUUUACACUGACCUGUACAAACAGACCAACUCCAAAGAGACCCGGAGAGUCUUCCUGGAGUUUUACCAGUUCUUCCUGGACAGAGCUGCAAAUCUCAAAGUUCCAGUUCCAGAUGAAAUCUCCUUGGAACUAGACAGGAGAAGGCCAGAACUCCUUCCUGAGGAGCUUCACCGCCAGUUCAUACAAACUAUGCAAGAUAAAGUGUGUCCAGAAGUCCAGAGGAACCUGGAAGAUUUCAGGCAGAAACGCAGCAUGGGGUUGACCCUGGCAGAGGGGGAGCUCACCAAGCUGGAUGCAGAGCGGGUGCGGGACAGGAACGCGGUGGAGAAGGAGAGAAGCUGCGCCGAGCAGAUCAUCGCUAAAAUCGAGGAGGUCUUGAUGACAUCUCAGCCUUUGGAAGAAGACAAGAGCUCCACGAUGCAAUACGUGAUUCUUACCUACAUGAAGCACCUGGGAGUCAAAGUGAAGGAGCCUCGGAACCUGGAGCAGAAACGUGGCCGGAUCGGUUUCCUGCCCAAGAUCAAGCAAAGCAUCAAGAAAGAGAAAGAAGGAGAGGAAAAAGGGAAGAGGAGAGGCUUUCCCAAUAUUCUGGGCCCACCGAGGAGACCGAGUCGACACGACAGCAGUGCAAUUGGCAGAGCCAUGGAGAUGCAGAAGCCCAGGCACCCAAAGCACUUACCCACGGCCUCUUCUGUGAGCCCAGAGCCCCCAGAUUCCAGCAAGAUCCGCCAGAGUGGCUCCUCCAGUGAUGGCACAGAUGCUCCAUACCCACCUGCCAACCCCAUGUCCCCCUUGGCAAUGGGGCCCUUUUCCUCCCCAGAGGGAAGCAAGGACAGUGAGACAGGUUUGAAGCAGCCUGGAGAAGCUCCACCUGCCAGUGACUCCAUGGAUGGCACACCCCGCACACCCAACACCACCUUUGAAUUCCCAUCUCCUUUGGAAAACCUGCAGGAGGAGGAGGGAGAAUCAGAGAGAAUGGUUGACGUGGGAACACCAAAGCCUUUUCGCAAGAUGGACAGUGUUGGCUUUGCAGAUGUGCAGAGCGAAGAUGAGCUCUACGAUUUUGACAUGGACACGGACCCUCCCAACUGGCAGCAGCUCGUGAGCAGAGAGGUGCUGAUGGGGCUCAAACCCUACGAAAUCAAGCGCCAGGAAGUGAUUAAUGAGCUGUUUUACACAGAGAGAGCCCACGUCCGCACGCUGAAGGUCCUGCACAACGUCUUCUACCAGCGCGUGACCAGGGAAGGGAUCCUCAGCUCCAGUGACAAGCGCAAAAUCUUCUCCAACCUGGAGGAUAUCCUUGGCCUUCAUGUUGCACUGAACGAUCAGAUGAAAACUGUCCGAAAAAGGAACGAGACUUCUGUCAUUGGCCAAAUUGGGGAAGACUUGCUUUCCUGGUUUAGUGGAGCAGCAGAGGAGAAGCUGAAGCACGCCACUGCCACGUUCUGCAGCAACCAGCCCUUUGCCCUCGAGGUCAUCAAGUCCCGCCAGAAGAAGGACUCGCGCUUCCAGACCUUCGUGCAGGAUGCUGAGAGCAAUCCCCUGUGCCGCCGGCUGCAGCUGAAGGAUAUCAUUCCCACGGAGAUGCAGAGGUUGACAAAGUACCCCCUUCUGCUGGAUAACAUUGCUAAGUACACAGAACUGCCUGAGGAGAAGGAGAAAGUCAAGAAAGCAGCAGAUCACUGUCGUCAGAUCCUCAACCACGUGAACCAGGCUGUCAAGGAGUCAGAGAACAAGCAGCAUUUGGAAGAUUACCAGCGUCGGCUCGACCUGUCCUACCUGAAGCAGUCUGAGGAUCCCAUGAUGGAUGAGUUCAGGAACUUGGACCUAACAAAGAGGAAAAUGCUCCAUGAAGGGCCUCUGACUUGGAAGGUGAAUCGUGACAAAACCAUUGAUCUCUACACUCUGCUGCUGGAGGACAUUCUGGUGCUGCUGCAGAAACAAGAUGAUAAACUGGUGCUGAAGUGCCACAGCAAGAUCUUGGCCUCCACGGCCGACAGCAAACACACCUUCAGCCCCAUCAUCAAACUCAACACCGUUCUGGUUCGUCAGGUGGCAACAGAUAACAAAGCUUUCUUCGUCAUCUCCAUGUCGGAGAACGGCGCUCACAUUUACGAGCUGGUGGCACAGACUGUCUCCGAGAAGAACGUGUGGCAGGACCUUAUAGCCCAGAUGGCAGGGACUGUGAAAAUGGGGAGUGCCAGGAGAGUGAUUCCAUUACCACAGUCAGGCCCUGGAGAGGAGGAGCGUGAAGAAGAGGAGCAGCAGAAGCUCAAAGAGCAGCACGACAUUCCUGCCAGCAGCCUCCAAAGCCCAGAUAAAGAUUUGGGACUGGAAUCUCCCUUAAUGCUGAACGCUCAGUCCUCCUCACCCAUCAUGUCUGAGAAGGCCAAGGUGGAAAGUCUGCUGGUGUCUGAAGGGCAGUUUGAGAAGGUGCAGCAGGCAGAGCUGACGCUCAAAGACUCCUCUGCAGGUUAUGAACACACAGCCACCAGUUCCCCCUCGCUGUCAGAGGGGCAGUGGGCACGGGAUGCAUUGAGGAACUUGGGUUUGCUGAGGCAGCUGUUGGUGCAGCAGUUUGGCCUGGCUGAGAAGGGGACCCUGGAAGAGCGGCAGCGCUUCCCCAGGUUCAGGACUGUCUCCCAGGAGAGCGGGAACGAGCUCCAGCACUCCGACAGCGACAAAUUCCAGCCUGGAUCGGACAGAACGCCUCCCAGAACUGAGGAGCCCACAGCUGGUUAUGGCCUCCGGACUUCAGCUGAGUCUCCAGCCCCAGGGGAUGCCAUGCAGCUGGUGGGGAGAGACCCCAGGCCCGGUGGGAAUUUGGGAACGGACCGUGGGAGCGCGACCCUGGAGGCGCCCACCCCGGAGCUGGAAGGGGUGGGGGCCGAGGAGAGCGGCGAGCACUUUUUUGAUGCUCGGGAGGCUCACAGCGAUGAAAACCCCUCUGAGAGCGAACUGAUGGAGAGGAAGGAGGAAGAGGAGGUGCAAAUACGGAUCUCAGGUGAGGUUCAGGAUGAGGAGCCCCUCCCUUGCUUACCUUAAAGUCAGCUCUCGACC